CUGAUUAGGCCUGACGGAAAAGUAUCAGAAUCAAGAUUGCGGAAUCCUUGCAAUCCACCAUUCGGGGACAGCGGGUCGAAAGAAGACUUCUGCCUCCGCGCUGAACGCAUUGCAAUAAUCAUGACGGUUGCUUUGUCUCUUUUUGAGUCAGGCGAGAAGCUGUCACCGAAUGAGAUAUCCGUCUGCCUGAAGAUGGGACUCGAUCGCGCCGCACCUUUCUGCAAAUAUUAUCUUCGACAUCUAGGCAAACGAGACCGGGCGCACUUCAGUUCUAGUGGUACAUCAAUCGCGCAAUUGUCCACCGCGCCAGAGAAACAUGGCCCAACGUCUGUUGCAUGUCCAAUCACAACGUCUCGCCCCAGUACCAGCAUGGAUAUCGAUGUGCAGCCAUUGCCUGAAUUCGAUUCAGAUUUUGAUUUUGACACCGAUUCCGAUAUCGACGCCACUAACUCCCUACCGCUAGUCGGCAAACACGAUAUGGAUUUUGCCGAACAGACCAAAUGUCUGACGUGUGAUGGUAAUGUUUGCGGGGUGACGGGCACAACAGGUCCGAAUGCGUAUCACAUCGCGUCCUUCACUUGGAAUGAUACAUAAGCACAUAUCAACCAAGCCAAAGAAAAUUGUGGCCUACGAGGAUACUUUCUCAGUUGCCGCGUUGCCAGUCGCAUGGACUACUUGAGCGAUCGGAGUGAACCGGGGGCAUCAGACAAGGC